UGAAUGAAAGAGACUUAAGUUUGAAUGAGAAAGAAAGAAGGAGCAGAACCGAUGGACGUCUACACAAAUCUCUAAUGAUUUCAGCACGAUUUCAGCUUCUUUAAGUAGAUUAUUAGUUGAGUUAUUUUAGAGUGACUGAUGAAGAAGAUGAGGAUGAAGAUGCUGUGGCCGUUUGCAAUGAUUUUCUCCUCACUGGUUUGUGUGGAGGCUCAGCAGAGAGGUCUGUUUCCUGCAAUCCUGAACCUGGCCAGCAAUGCCGAAAUCACCACAAACGCCACCUGUGGCGACCCGGUUCCCGAGAUGUACUGUAAACUGGUGGAGCACGUUCCUGGAAGACGAAUCCGUAACCCUCAGUGUCGGAUCUGUGAUGCAAACAGCCAGAAUCCCAAAGAGCAGCAUCCCAUUACUAAUGCCAUCGACGGCACCAACCAGUGGUGGCAGAGCCCUGGCAUCAAGAACGGCCGUCAGUUCCACUGGGUCACCAUCACUCUGGACUUACGACAGGUCUUCCAGGUGGCUUACAUCAUCAUCAAAGCGGCGAACUCUCCGCGGCCCGGGAACUGGAUUCUGGAGCGUUCUCUGGACGGAGUGGACUUCCAGCCGUGGCAGUACUACGCCAUCAGCGACACCGAGUGUCUGACCCGAUACAACAUCACGCCCCGCCUCGGGCCGCCCACCUACAAGAGAGACGACGAGGUCAUCUGCACAUCCUACUACUCACGCCUGGUGCCGCUGGAGCACGGCGAGAUCCACACGUCUCUCAUAAACGGCCGUCCGAGCGCAGAUGACCUGACCCCAGAGCUGCUGGAGUUCACCUCCGCUCGCUUCAUCCGCCUGCGUCUGCAGAGAAUCCGAACGCUCAACGCCGACCUCAUGACCCUCAGCUACCGCGACCCCAAAGAGGUGGACCCCAUCGUCACCCGGCGGUAUUAUUACUCCAUCAAGGACAUCUCGGUGGGCGGGAUGUGUAUCUGUUAUGGCCACGCCCAGAGCUGCCCCUGGGACCCUGUUACCAAGAAGCUGCAGUGUGUGUGUGAGCACAACACUUGUGGCGAGAGCUGUAAUGAGUGUUGCCCUGGAUACCAUCAGGAGCCAUGGCAACCUGGAACGCUUUCCGACGGAAACACAUGCGAGAAAUGUAACUGUCACAACAAAGCCAACGACUGUUACUACAACCAGACGGUGGCGGACCUGCGGCUGAGUGUGAACACACACGGUCAGUUUGUGGGAGGAGGAGUGUGUGUGAACUGCUCGCAGAACACAGCGGGAGUGAACUGCCAAACCUGUGCGGACGGAUACUACAGACCACACCAGGUGUCUCCGUACGCUGAUGACCCGUGUGUCGAGUGUCAGUGUGACGCGAGAGGUUCGGCGAGUCCCGUGUGCAUCAGAGACGAUAAUCACGCAAACCCUGACGCAGGUCUGUCCGUGGGUCAGUGUUUGUGUAAGGAGGGUUUUGCGGGUGAGAAGUGCGACCGCUGUGCGUUCGGAUUCAGGGAUUUCCCACAAUGCACUCGCUGCGAGUGUAACCUGGCUGGAAGCCACAACAUCGACCCCUGCAGCGAGUGUGUGUGCAAGGUGAAUGUGAUGGGCUCUAACUGUGAUCUGUGUAAGCAGGGUUUCUAUAACCUGCAGGACAGUAAUCCUGAGGGCUGCACCGAGUGCUUCUGUUUCGGAGUCUCAGGUGUGUGUGAGAGCUCCACCUGGUUCACCAGCUCGGUGGAGCACAGAGACGGCGUUCUCCUUCGAUCUCUUCAGAGCUCCAGCAUCUUCACGUCUCUCGUCUCAGAUGAUAACCUCAUCGUCUCUAAUGUCUCAGCGUCCGCAGGCGCUCUGUCCGUGUGGUCAUGGGCCGCGCCGGAGUCUUUCCUCAACAACAAGCUGACAUCAUAUGGAAGCUUCUUGAACUACAGCGUUGCUUAUGACACAUCUGAGGAAAACGUGGACAAAACGCUUCAAGCUCAUUUCAGCGUAAUUAUCGAGGGAAACGGGCGGACGCUGCGUCAGUCUCGGGCCGCUCAUCUGCUGCUGAACGCUCACACGGAGCAGCGCGUCUCGCUCCAGAUGCUGCCGCACUCGCUCAUAGACGCUCGCAGCGGGAGCCGUGUUCAGAGAGACGAGCUGAUGACGGUGCUGGCGGAUGUCGCUGCGCUCAGGGUUCGAGUUCAGCUGGAGGACAGCGCCGAGGGAACGCUCAGAUUGAGCUCCGUGUCUUUAGGUGUUGGAGACACAAACUCGGGUCUCUCUAAAAUCCCUCUGGAUGUGGAGCAGUGCGAGUGUCCGUGGGGUUACUCAGGCACUUCCUGUGAGUACUGUAUGCCCGGGUUUUAUCGGGUCGGUGGGAUUCUGUUCGGAGGAAACUGUCUUCAGUGCGAGUGUAACGAUCACGCGACCGAGUGCGACAUCAACGGAGAGUGUCUGGGCUGUGCGCACAACACCACGGGGCCUCACUGUGAUCAGUGUCUGCCGGGUUUCUAUGGUGAGGCCAGCGAAGGAACGCCGGACGACUGCCAGAGAUGCUCCUGCCCGCUGACACUGGCGUCCAACAAUUUUAGCCCCACGUGUGUGCUGCAGCGUCCCGGCGAGUUCAUCUGUGAUCAGUGCCUGCUGGGAUACGCAGGAGCCAAGUGUGAGAGGUGUGCUGAGGGUUAUUACGGUGACCCCGCGGAGCCGGGCCGGCGGUGUUUGGCGUGUGAGUGUAACGGUAACGUGGAUCCGUCUGAAGCGGGUCACUGCGACGGACGCACCGGAGAGUGUCUGAAGUGUUUGGGUCACACGGCGGGUCUGCACUGCGAGCGCUGCGCCGACGGCUUCUACGGAGACGCCGUGACCCUCAAAAACUGCCAGGACUGCGGUUGCCAUGGUAACGGCUCUCUGUCCACCGUGUGUAACGUGAUCACGGGUCAGUGUGAGUGUAAGCCCAACGUGAUCGGACAAACCUGUGACCGCUGUCAGGCGGGUUAUUACGGUAUCAACAGCGGCGAUGGCUGCAGACUGUGUGAAUGUAACCAAUCAGGCGCUCUGUCUGCAUCAUGUGACGAGGAGGGGCGGUGCCAGUGCAUCGCUGGAGUGACGGGUGAUAAAUGUGAUCGCUGUGAGCGCGGAUUCUACAGCUUCACCGAGAGCGGAUGCACACCGUGUGACUGCGCACACACACACGGAAACUGUAACGCAGACACGGGCGAGUGUAUCUGCCCUCCUCACACACGCGGCCUGAAGUGUGAGGAGUGUGAGGAAGGUCACUGGGGUCAUGACGGCGUGUCCGGCUGUAAGGCAUGUGACUGCAGUGCCAUGGGCUCGAGUUCGUCUCAGUGUGACCUGCAGUCGGGUCAGUGUCGCUGCAGGCCGCACUUCUCCGGUCUCAGGUGCGACCGCUGUGCUUUGGGCUACAAAAAUUUCCCAGAAUGCACCGCCUGCAGCUGCAGCCCCGACGGCACGCGAGAGGAGUUCUGCGACCCGGCGCUGGGAGUGUGUGGAUGCGAGGAUCACGGCCGCUGCUCCUGCAAGGAGAAUGUGGGCGGCAGCGGCUGUGACGAGUGUAAGAGCGGGACGUUCGGUCUGACGGCUCAGAAUCCGUCCGGCUGCAGUCCUUGCUUCUGUUUCGGCGUGUCCAGCGUUUGUGAGGAGCUCGGCGGAUUGAUCCGAGUACCGAUUACGCUGGGUUCUGCUCCGGCUCUGCUGCGUGUCGUGUCUCAGAGUGACCUGCAGGGGACGCUGGAGGGCGUUUAUUACAGCGAUCAGGAGAUGCUGCUGGACGCGUCUCACCUCCAGAGUCUGUCUGUCCUCACCGCGCCGUAUUACUGGAGACUGCCACACAAAUACCACGGUAACAAGCUGCUGUCGUACGGAGGAAGACUCUCCUACACGCUGGCCUUCUUCGCUCUGGACGGCGUGGGUCUGGCCAAUCACGAGCCUCAGGUGCUGAUGAGGGGCGGUCACCUGCGCAAGCUGGUCAUCUACACUGACCUUCCCGCCCCUGAGAACGGCGUCCGCACCGGACACGAGAUUCCUCUGACCGAGCACAAGUGGAAGUAUUUCAACUCGGUGUCUGAUGAAGCCGUGAGUCACGCCGACUUCAUGUCAGUGCUGAGUAACGUGGAGUACAUCAUCAUCAAGGCGUCGUACGGCUCAGGACUGCAGCAGAGCAGGAUCUCUAAUAUCUCGAUGGAGACGGCGCUGGAGGCGGACGAGGUUCCUCAGGGCGGAGACGAGGCGAGGCUGGUGGAGAGCUGUGAGUGUCCGCUGGGAUACGCUGGACUCUCCUGUCAGGAGUGUGCUCCGGGAUAUUACCGUCAGGCCGUGUCUGAGCUCAAUAUGAAGGGCAGAAAGCGUCCACUCAUUCGGCCCUGCGUCCCCUGCCAGUGCAACAACCACAGCCUGUCAUGUGACCUGGACACAGGCGAAUGUCUGGGAUGCCAGCACAACACCGCAGGAGAGCACUGCCACGUCUGCGCCGCAGGGCAUUAUGGGAAGGUUCAGGGCUCCAUCAGCGACUGCUCACUGUGCGCCUGUCCGCUGCGGGGUCAGAGUUUCAGCUCGACGUGUGUGCUGGAGGGCGCCGGGGAUUUCCGCUGCGAUCGCUGUGAGGAGGGAUACGAGGGCCGUUACUGUGAGAGGUGUUCGGUGGGUUUCUAUGGUAACCCGUCUGAGGCAGGUGGGCGGUGCCAGGUGUGCAGGUGCAGCAGGGCGGGGUCAGUGCACAGCGUCUGUGACGGACGCACCGGGAGCUGCGAGUGUAAGCCCGGGGUCAGAGGUCAUCUGUGUGACCAGUGCGAGGAGAGACAUGUGCUGGUCAGCGAGCAGUGUGUGUCGUGUGAUGACGACUGCACCGGAGCGCUGCUGGAUGAUCUGGACGCUUUAGACGGAUCCAUCGUCUCUCUGAACCUGUCGGGGGUCAUUCUCGCUCCCUACAGCCAGCUGAUGACCCUCGAGAACCAGACCAGAGAGGUCAAGAGUUUGAUGUCGUGGGAGCAGAGCACAGAUUAUCAGCUGACUGCAGGAGAGGAACAUCUGAGCAACCUGACCAAUCACAUCACUGACCUACAGCAGCAGGUCCAGAGUGUGUUUGAUGGCAGUGAGGAUGUGCUGUUGACCUCAGAGGAGAGAUUCGCUCGGGGCGAACAGCUGCUGGACCUCAUCAGCAACAUUCAUUCUGCCGUCCACAGCCUGAUGGAGCAGCUGCGUUCAGUGAACGUGACGGUGAACGAGGGUCUGGAUGAGAUGAACAGCACGUUCCUGCUGCAGGAGACGGGCAGCUCGCUGGAGAAGAUCAGGGCCUUCAAUCUGACGCUCUGCAGCUCGACUGCGGAAGAUGAGCUCAGCUCUGCAGUGUCUGUGCUGGAGAAGGUUCAGGAUAAGAUGUCAAAUCCCUUCAGUCACAACCGCUUCAGACAGGAGAACAUCUCCACAACCCUCAGCAGAUACACCCAGCAGCUCCUGCAGAUCCAGGAGACCCUAAACACGGCCAAGAGCCACAACAACCACAGCCAACACCUGCUCAGAGACAUCCAGACCAACCUCCAGACGCUCACUAUCUCCAGGAACAAUGUCAGCAGUCUGAACCAGGAAGUAGAAACGCAGGUACAGGAAGCUCAAGACCUGCUGACCGAUGCUCUCAAUAUCGCUGAAGACAUUGGCAAUGGCACGGCUACUCUGGAUGAGACGAGGAGUGAUCUGGAAGGAUGGAGUCCGGCUCUCAGGAAGCACGUGGACGCUUUAGUGAUGGAUUUGACCAAAAGAGACGCCCUACAGCUGGUGUACAGAGCCGAGGAUCACGCGCAAGCUCUCAGCAAACAGGCACAAGCUCUUAACAGUUCUCUGUCUGAGGUUAGAUCUGCAGCAGUAAACGCCACCAGCGCCACUCAAACCAACACCAACAUCAGAGAAAACACACAGCUGGCUGAAGAUCUGGCCCACGCCGCCAAUCAGAACGCUAGCUCCGCCCUCAAUCAGACGUCAGAGUCCGAGCGCUCGCUGACCGAGCAGGGGACGACGGCGCUUCAGAAGAGCUCUGAGAUUCUGGACUCCAGCGGAUCUCUGAAGAACCACACAGAAGGGCUGGUGUUUAACGUCAGUGAAGUGACCGGCAGCUUGAAUCUGGUUAGAUUGAACAUUCAUAACUUCACACAGAUGCUCCCAGAAGCCCUGAACAUCCUGAGGAACCUCCCUAACGGCAGCAGAGCUGAGGUCCUCGAGGCCAAGCAGCAGGCGGAAGCAGCGAAUGCAUCUUUACAGGAAGCUCUGGAGCGUCUGGAGGAUUAUCGUGUGAAGCUGGACGCGUCGUCUUCUGCUGUCGCCUCGGCCAAUCACAGCAUCAGGAGCACCAUCCAGCUGGUCAGAGACUCAGAGGACACCGCCAGCGCAGCCAGAUCCAGACUGAGCGAGGCUCACCUGAAGACCGAGCGUCUGUUCGAGCGUCUGAAGCCGCUGCAGACUCUGGGAGAGAACCUGAGCAGAAACCUGUCGGAGAUCAAAGAGCUGAUCAAUCAGGCUCGCAAGCAGGCGGCGUCGAUUAAAGUGGCCGUUUCUGCGGACCGGGAUUGUGUGCGAGCGUACAGACCAGAGGUAACGUCCAGUAACUUCAACACACUCACGCUGACCAUGAAGACCAGCGAACCGGACAACCUGCUCUUCUAUAUGGGCAGCAGCGCCAGCGAGGAUUUUAUGGCUCUGGAGAUGCGUCAUGGGAAGGUGUCCUUGCUGUGGGACACUGGCUCUGGACACACCAGACUGGAGUAUCCCAACGUUCAGAUCAACAACGACAAGUGGCACAGGAUCAAUGCAACGCGGUUCGGGAGACAUGGGACCCUCACCGUCCAGCAGACAGACUCCGAGCCGCUGCCCGCAGUGAAGACCACAGCGUCCGGCUCCUCCACCGUGAUGGACAUCAGCAGAUCCACCUGGGUGUUCGUCGGGGGCCUCGGCGCUCAGGUGAAGAAAUCCCCAGCGGUGAGAGUGACCCACUUCAGAGGCUGCAUGAGCGAAGCGUCGCUCAACGAGAACAACAUCGGCUUGUGGAACUACGCUGAGAGACAGGGAGAGUGCGGCGGCUGCUUCGUGAGUCCGCGCACUGAAGACACGUCGUUCCACUUCGACGGCAGCGGUUUCUCUGUGGUGGAGAAGUCUCUGCGCUCCAUGUCCACCAGCGUGGUCAUGUUCUUCAAGACUCUGUCUCCGAACGGCCUGCUGCUGUAUCUGGCCUCCAACGGCACCAGAGACUUCCUGUCCAUCGAGCUGGUGGAAGGGAAGGUUCACCUGACCUUUGAACUGGGCUCCGGAGCGCUGACCUUGACCUCCAGCAGAACAUACAACACCGGCAGCUGGUACAGAAUCGCUCUGCAGAGGAACAAGCGCCGAGGUCAUUUAUCGGUGAUGGCCGCUGAUAACCCCUCCGAGCGAGAGGUCAUGGAGGCGGAGUCUCCGGGUUCGGCCUCUGACCUCAAUCGCUCUGACCUCGACCCCAUCUACAUCGGUGGAUUACCGGCCUCUCGACCAAUCAGGAGGCAGGUCGUGGCUCGCUCUUUCGUCGGCUGUAUGAAGAAUGUGGAAAUCGCUCGAACAAACUUCGAUCUGCUCAGAGAGUCGUACGGAGUGAAGAAAGGCUGCGUCCUCAAGCCGAUCCGCAGCGUGUCGGUGUUCGGCGGAGGUUUCCUGGAGAUGCCCGCCGUGCUCUUGGCUCCUCAGACGGAGAUCAUGAGCAGCUUCUCCAGCAGACGCGAGCGAGGCGUGAUCCUGGCGGGUUUCAGCUCGCGUCGACACACGCAGCAGUCGUUCCUCCUGGUGACGCUCGUGUCUGGAUCGCUGGAGGUUCAUGUGGGCGUGGCUGAGGGCGGAGCCGUGCACAAAGCCGUCGUCAAAUCACAGAACGGCUCCUUCAGUGACGGACAGGAGCAUUCGCUCAUACUGCAGAGGAACAAAAGGUCCAUCGCAGUGUUUGUGGACGAGCUGAGCCAGGCGACGCUGAAGCUGGGCUCGUCUGCAGAUAAAGCUCUGGCUCUGGAGCAGCUCUUCAUCGGCGGCGUUCCUCCAGGAGAGACGGGAUCCAGCGACUCCUUCUACGGCUGCAUCAGGAACACGGCGGUGGACGGCAUAUUGUUGGAUCUGUCCGCUGCUCUGCGCUACGAGAACGUGGACAUGGACAGCUGUUUGCUGGAGGAGAGACCCAAACGUGUGGUUCUGCCUGAUGAGCUGGAGGCGGAGCCGACCUCUGACCCCUCCAUGCGACCCCUGUCACCCCCGGCGGAGCUGAGCACGCUCACACACAGCAGCAGCAGCUGUGCGGCGGCGGAUCACACAGAAACCAUCCCACAAUCCCUGCAGUUUGGACUGUCUCGACACAGUCACGUGAUCAUGGGCUUCAAGAAUAAGACCGUCAGAACCAGUUUUGUGGUGAAGCUGUCCGUUCGGACGUUUGCUCACAGCGGCGUUCUCUUCUACUUGGCCAACGCAAACCAGCAUGAUUACGCCGUUCUGCAGGUGCAGGGGGGGCGUCUGCAGCUGUCAUGUGACCUGGGGAAAGGCCCCGCCCACACCUCGCUGACCACGCCCAUCAACGACGGCCUCUGGCACACCGUGAAGGCUGAGUUCAGUAAGAAGACGGUGAUGGUCAGUGUGGACGGAACUGAAUCUGACCGCACACCCAUUAAAGGACACACGCUGGACGUGGAGGGGAAGUUGUAUCUCGGCGGACUUCCUGCCACAUACACCGCCAAGAGAAUCGGAAAUGUGACACACAGUCUGGCGGCGUGUGUUCAGGACGUGACGUUUAGCGGCGUCCAGAUGAAUCUCAGCGCUGCGCUGUCGUCUCACGCCGCCGGUUCCUGCUUCAGACGCGCUCAGGACGGCAGCUUCUUCAGCGGCAGCGGAUACGCCGCUUUCAUGAAAGAGGGCUAUAACGUGGGCUCGGACGUCAUGGUCAGUCUGGACUUCCGCUCCACGGCGCCGGACGGGGUUUUGUUGGGAAUCAGCAGCACUAAGGUGGACGCCAUCGGCCUGGAGCUCAUCAACGGACAGGUGGUGUUUAACGUGAAUAACGGCGCGGGUCGGAUCGCGGCGAGCAGCAGGAGCGCUGUGUCCAUGUGUGACGGCCGCUGGCGGACCCUGGUGGCCAAGAAGCAGAAGCACAGCUUGAGUCUGACCGUAGACGGCGUGACGGUGACCGCGGAGAACCCGUACUCAUCCUCCACCUCAGCCGAGACCAAAAACCCCAUCUAUGUGGGCGGAUACCCAGCGGACGUGAAGCAGAACUGUCUGAGCUCCAGAGAACCGUUCCGCGGCUGCAUGAGGAACCUGCGGGUCUUUAAGGGUCACGUCACCGACGUGCUGGACUUCAGCGCCGCCUUCGCUCAUCCGCACGUCAUCCCUCACUCCUGCCCGGAUAACGCUGCGUAAACGCCUCCGGUUCAUGCAAACACAGCUCAAUCCAUUUGUACUGAGAAGGUCUUAAAUAACGUUUGUGAAUUUUGACUCGCAACAUGUUUAGAUUUCAGGGUUUCUGCGGCUCUUAAAAAGCCUUAAUUCACCCUUCCACAAAUUAAAGCCUUAAAAAAGUCUUAAUUCAGAGCAGAAAGUCUUAAAUUUAAAAAGUUGUGGCAUUAACUGUUGCAUGCACUGAAAAAAUAAAUAAAUCCUCAGUAUUUCUGUCUUGUUUUCUAGUACAAAUCUUUAAAUCAAGACACAUUUACUGGAGAUGCGGAAUGAAGACAUGAAGUCUGAGAAAUUAAAAUUAAGUGAGUUUACGCUUAAAUCAAGAAAAAUGUCAAUACUGUGUGGAAAAUGUUUUACUUUUGAAUGAAGUUAAUUUUUGGAGCCUAUUAGCAGGUUUUUGUACUUGUUUUAAUCAUAAAAUAAUUUUUUUAGAUCAAUGGAAAAGUACAUUUUAGUAAAUAAAGCUUGUAUUUACGACUUUUCUUUUUGUAUUGUGACAUUAUUUUAAUGAGAUUUAAACAUUCAAAUUCUUGUAAAGAUGUUUUUUUUUUUUUAAAUCAAUAAAGAAAAAUAAAUAUUAUUAUUGUAAUAAAUCAGGGCAUUUUACUUAUGUUCAAUAUUAAUUAAUGAACAAUAUUUAUGCUCAAUCAUGAUUCUCAUUGGUCUCAUUUCUGUCAUUUUUACAGUAAAAAUAAACUUAAUAUAUUAAAUCAGUCAAGUUAAAGGAACUACAACAAUAUCAGAUUUUUAGAAAACGAGACUUCUUAUCUUGCAUCAUUUCGCUUCUCAAGUAAAUGUAUCUUGAUUUAAGAAUCCUUCAGACAUUUGCGCUGGAAAAAUGCCAAAAGUACUGAAGAAGAACGGAGUGUAAAAGUCAUUUCCAUUUUCUAGUGUUUGAAAGCAGAGCUAUUUUUUUGGUAAAAAUGAUUUUAAAAGUAAUGGAGAUCUGUUGGAAGUUUUUAAUUACAAAUCCUGAAGUGUUGCUAAUAAACCUCACCAUGAUCCCUAGACAUUUACAUUACAUAGAGAUCAUACUGACUCCAAUUUAUUCCUUACAUUUUCUGUACUUGUUCUUAAAUGUCCUUCACACAGCCUGCAGAAACCCUGCUUGUUAAUAAAACACUGGUUGUUUCUUAGUUGAGUGUUUCGCUUGUUUUACUGGUGAUGAAAUUUCCGACUUGUCGGCAUUCCUUCACUAUCAGAAAGAUUGCAGAACAUUCCAGAGCGCUGAUCCCGAGAUACACACACACACACACACACACACAGCAGGUGGUUUCACGUGUUUUAAUCGGGUUAGUUUCAUAAUGACCUGUCGUUUCACCCGCUAUUACAACAUGACUAGUCAUAGUUUAGCAAUACAUUCUCAUGAUAUGAAGUCUAUGAUAUGGCUACAUGUUCUUCAUAAUACUCAGAGACUUCAUGUUAUGAAGAGGUUUGGCCGACUCGUUUUGGUUUUGAUGAAACAAGGCUAUAAAGUAAUGUUCUGAAGGCUUUAAAUAACGGUAAAAUGCUUCAAUGUAACGCUCAAUAUGAUAAAACACAUUCAUCAUGAGGAAAAUAAAUGAUCUUCAACAACACAAAUCCAGUUAACAACAGCAAAAACAUGUUAUAUAAAAAAACAAAUAAAAAAAACAGGUGAACUUUCUAGUACAUCAUACAUAAAAAUAGCUUUUAGAGUAAAAAAAUUAAUUCAGAGCAUCAAAGAGAAUGAGGAUGAGGAUGAGGACGUGUUAUUGGCAGACAUUGAGAACAUGAUAUAAGGUAAAACAUCAUCCAGUGAAAUUUCAAAGGUGGUUUGGCUUUGUUUCUGUAGUUCGUGAACUUUAAUGUUAACGAGUCCUUCAUUAAUCCGGUUAGCGUUGGAUGAUGUUGGCAUUAAUAUUUAUCUGUUUUAAAUAGAGGUAAUAUUGACCCAUGUUGAUGAAUCUCACAAGAACACAUCCAGCUCAUAUUUCACACCGAAACCCAGCGCCAAACAUUAAUUUAGCUUUGCUUUUAGUCAAUAAAGACUUUUUUAGGAGAUAUAUAUAGUGGCAUUAUUUUAAUGAGAAUUAGAAAUUCACAUUCCUGUAAUAUAUAAAUGUGUGUAUGUGUAUAAAUAUAUAUUUGUGUGUGUAUGUAUGUAUAUACUAUAUAUAUAUAUACACACAUAUACACAGAAUAUAUAUAUAUAAUUAAUAUUUAUAUAAUACAUCAGGG